UGUGCCUUACAGGAAACCUGUGUCGUUGUACUGGAUAUAGGCCAAUUGUUGAUGCUUUCAGAACUUUCUGUACGGCGUCAACUUGCUGCCAGAGGAGAGGUCCAGAGGAAAGCUGUCACCGAGGAAAGGCUGAGCAAGAUGGAAUCAUGGCAGAAUCAAAGGACAGUGAUCAGGAUAUGUGUAGCCAGCUGUUCAAAACAGAUGAUCUACUUCCACUGGAUGAAACACAGGAGUUGAUAUUCCCACCAGAGUUAAUGCUAAUGGAAGAGCGGCAGGAGAAGAGAACCCUUGUGUUCCGUGGAGAGAAAAUGAUGUGGAUUAUUCCAGCAAAUCUGGAGGAACUUCUUGAAUUGAAAAGCCAGUAUCCCAAAGCUCCCCUUCUAGUGGGAAACACCAACAUUGGUCCUAAUAUGAAGUUUAAAGGUGCUUUUUACCCCGUGAUUAUCCAUCCUGCCAAUGUUUCUGAGCUCCACUCUGUACAGUUCACGGAAGAGGGUCUAAGACUUGGUGCUGCUUGCAGUCUAGGCCAUGUGAAGAACAUCUUGGAAAAAGCCAAUGCAGAGAUCACAUCAGAGAAAACUGAAAUCUUCCGAGCACUUGUAGGACAGCUCUGUGUUUUGGGUGGAGAACAGAUUCGAAAUAUGGCGUCACUUGGAGGUAACAUUGUGAGUGGAGCCCCCACAUCUGAUCUGAAUCCCAUUCUAGCAGCAAGCAAAUGUGUCCUCGAAUUGGCAUCAAAAGGAGGAAGAAGAGAAAUCCAUUUAGAUGAAAAUUUCUUCGUUGGUUUUGCUAAAACAUCACUGAGGCCAGAAGAAUUAUUGCUGUCAGUCUUCAUACCGUAUUCCAGAAAGUGGCAGUUUGUGUUGGCAUUUCGCCAGGCCCCCCGUCGGCAAAAUGCCUUCUCCAUGGUGAAUGCAGGAAUGCAGGUCGUAUUCAAAGAUGAGACAAAUGUCAUUGCUGACCUGAGGAUGUUCUUUGGAGGAGUGGGCCCCACCACCGUAUUUGCAAAGAGAUGCAGCAAGGAGCUAACUAACCGAUCCUGGGAUGAGAAUCUGCUGCGUCAGGCCUGUGAGCUGCUGCUUGAUGAUAUUUCACUCCCUGACUCAGCACCUGGAGGGAGUGUGCGGUACCGCAGGACAUUGACUAUCAGUUUCUUCUACAAGUUCUACCUACAAGUGUGGCAGAGAUUUCAGCAACUGUUUGGCAAGGAGGAUCCGUUUGGUGCAAACAUCCCAGAGCGACUGUGUAGUGCAACAAUCCCAUUUUCGAUUGAGCUGCCUCGGGGCUUCCAAAGUUUCCAGAAAGUUUUUUCAGAUCAGUUUUCUGGGGAUGGAGUCGGGCAGCCAGUGAUGCACCUUUCUGCGAUCAAGCACGCAACUGGAGAGGCUGUUUACUGUGAUGAUAUACCGAGGCAGGAUGGGGAGCUGGUUUUGGCAUUAGUCACCAGCACACAAGCUCAUGCAAAGAUUGUGUCAAUUGAUGCAUCGAAAGCACUGCAGCUCCCUGGAGUUUUUGAUAUCAUCACAACUCAGGAUAUCCCAGGGAAGAACAUUGGCAUGGAUGAGAUUCUGUGUGAAAGUGAGGUAACCUGUGUGGGACAUAUUAUCUGUGGAAUCGUUGCAGACAACCAGCGACAUGCCAAGAUGGCAGCUGCAGCCGUGAAGAUAUCGUAUGAAGAGCUGGAACCCCUUAUCCUCACUUUGGAGGAUGCAAUUCAGCAUAAAUCCUUUUAUGCCCACUUCAAACUGGAGAAUGGAAAUGUUGAUGCAGCAUUUGAAAAAGCUGACCAACAAGUAGAAGGACAAAUCCAUAUUGGAGGACAGGAGCAUUUCUACAUGGAAACUCAUAGUGUUCUCGUCGUUCCCAAAAACGAGGAUAGAGAAGUUCAAGUUGUUUGCUCAACUCAGCAUCCGAAAUUUACCCAGUCACUAAUUGCAGAGACACUGGGGAUUCCAUACAAUCGAGUCACAGUCCGUGUCAAAAGGAUUGGCGGUUCCUUUGGUGGAAAGGUUAGGAAAGCCUCCAGAAUAGCUGCAAUUGCAGCAGUGGCAGCUCACAAGACAGGCCGUUCAGUACGAUGCAUUUUGGAGAGAGGAGAAGACAUGCUCAUCAGUGGAGGUCGCCAUCCCACCCUUGGCAGAUACAAGGUCGGCUACAUGAGUGAUGGCAGAAUAAUCGCUGUAGAAGUGACCUGUUACACCAAUGGAGGAAAUGAACUGGAUUAUUCCUUAAUAGUUAUGCAGCACAUACUCUCAAUGCUGGACAGUGGCUACCAUAUUCCACAUGUCCGCCUGACUGGCUUCGUUUGCAAGACUAAUUUGCCAUCCAACACUGCAUUUCGUGCAUUUGGACAGCCACAGGCAAUUGCCAUUACUGAAAGCUGGAUCACAGAUGUGGCUACUAAAUGUGGACUUUCAGCUGAAAAGGUUCGUGAAAUGAAUCUGUACAGAGGAGAGGAGGCCUGCACACCUUACAAACAAAUAUUUGACUCACGUAAUCAGCUGAACUGUUGGAAUAAAUGCCUACAAAUGGCUUCCUAUCACAAUAGAAAGAUUUUUGUUGAAGAAUUCAACAAACUCAAUUGCUGGAAGAAAAGAGGCAUUUCUAUUGUCCCCCUGAGAAAGAGUGUUGGCUUUUCUGAACCUAUCUUCAACCAGGCUGGAGCUUUGCUCCAUGUUUAUGAGGAUGGAUCUGUUUUGUUGACCCAUGGUGGCAUAGAGCUGGGACAAGGCCUUCACACUAAGAUUCUUCAGAUUGCCAGCCAUGAGUUGAAGAUUCCAAUGUCUGCUAUCCACCUGAGUGAAACCUCCACUGAAAAGGUGCCUAACACCACCCCUACUGCAGCUUCCUUCAGCACUGAUCUCAAUGGCAUGGCUGUGAAGGAUGCUUGUCAAAGUCUUUUGCAGCGACUGCAACCUUUCAUGGAUGAAAAUCCAAAAGGAACCUGGAAUGACUGGGUGAAAGAAGCUUUGAAAAACAAGGUCAGCUUAUCAACAACUGGUUUCUUUAAGGGUGAGGAUGUAAGCAUCGACUGGGAAAAAGGUGAAGGAACCACAGCCAGCUACUUUGUUUUUGGAGCAGCUUGUUCUGAGGUGGAGAUUGACUGUCUGACAGGAGACCAUAAGAAUAUCAGGACAGACAUUGUGAUUGAUGCAGGACAGAGCAUAAACCCGGCUGUGGAUAUUGGACAGAUUGAAGGUGCUUUUAUCCAAGGACUUGGGCUUUUCACCAUGGAAGAGCUGAAAUAUUCUCUGAAAGGGGUGCUUUACACUCGCGGACCAACCCAAUACAAGAUCCCUACAGUUUGUGACAUUCCAGAACAGCUGAAUGUGUCAUUGUUACCACGAUCACAAAAUCCCAAAGCCAUCUACUCUUCCAAAGGGAUCAGUGAAGCAGCUGUGCUUGCUGGCUGCUCUGUGCUUUAUGCCAUUAAAGAUGCAAUUGCAGCAGCAAGAGAAGAGAUCGGUUUAACAGGGAGUUUCACUUUGAACAGUCCUUCCACCCCUGAGCGGAUUCGCAUGGCGUGCAUUGAUCAGUUCACUGAGAUGGUUCCAGACUGUGUGCCUGAAUCCAUUCCAUGGGCCAUUGUUGUGUGAAAAAUACUGAAGAUAAUGUCACCAACCAACACGACAAAUGCUGUUUCAAACAGUGCAUUGUAUCUCCUCAAAUUUAGUGAAUAUAUCAAUUUGAUAUAUGAGUAACAGAAAUCAGGCAUGAAUACUCAGCCUUCAGGUUAAUACUUCUGAAUUAAAAUAAAUUCAUAUAUAACACA